AUGGGCUGGAAGAAGAUCAAACAUGGGUUCAAGUGCCCAGGAAUCGACCCUUGGUCGCAUGAUAAGGGCCAGGUUUUACACGAAUCCCGUGGGGAUCAAGCAGAAAGCAACACAUCGGUGCAGCAACAUACAGAGCCAGAGGAAACCUUCAAUGUUGACAGGCAGCCUCCUGCAACACCUGCCGAUGUCUCAUUCCAAUCAACUCCUACAUGGUAUACGCCAGGACCAGAAGUCAUUCCAGAUACACCGGAUCGUGUCGGCCCCCUGAUUUCAAGACCCGAAAGAUCCAGCAAAGAUGUUGAUCCCAACGUGGUCAUCUCCUACAUGUUGCGACAUUUCAAAGAAGGCCCGGGCCAGUGGAUGGAUCUUUUCGAUACCACAGCAUAUUUUUCGUCCAAAGUGCCCGUGAUAGCAGCCGUGCGGCCUCUGCUGAAAUCUGCAGUCUGCGCUCUCUCGGCAAAGCACCUUCAGCAUCUCUAUCAUAUAUCAGAUGGCAGCGAGCGCAAUCGCUAUAUUCUGUCGCUGGCAGAUGAAGAGACUUGGCACUAUCAAUCCGCAAAGCACUACGAUCAAGCGCUAGGAUAUUUGAAAACCGCAAUUGAUCUUGAGACCUAUGACGACAGUCCCUCGGAAAAAGAAGAAAUGCUAGCUGCUGUGGCAAUCCUAUGUCUCUACGAGCUUAUGGAUGCACCUGGUACUUCCUGGAGGGCUCAUCUCAGCGCACUACCUCUUUUUAACGAUACUUCUGUCUCGAUGCCUAUUCACUCAUCGGUCAUCAUUCCCAGGACAGCAAUAAAAGGACCGAUAUUUUGGAGUCUGGCCAGGCAAGACCUGCUUUGUGCCUUUAUCAGUGAGACCUCAACCCGUCUCGAUCUCAAAGACAUGCGUCUAUGGCAAAAUGCUGGCCUAGUCACAAAUGAGCAUGGACAUUUGCUACCCUCCAACGCAAUCAGCCCAUUGGACAUCCAAAACUACUCAGGAAUUGAAGAAGACAUGAAAGCAAACGAACUCACUUGGCUCCUGGGGAAAAUCGCCAACCACUUAAUUAUGGGAGACACAGUCACCUUUGAAGACUUUGUUCUACCACGCGAGCAACGAGCCUACCUCGGUCUGAACCAACAGCACCUGCUUGACCGGUGGAAUCUUCUCAUGUCCGAGUUAGAACAGUGGUACGACUGUCUCCCAGCAACGUUCACAGAGGCAGCACGAACGAAAGCAGAGGGUAGCACUGACCCACGACACCAGCUAUCCUUGGAAGCCUUUGAGCAAAUAUGGUUCCAUCUACCAUUAUGUGCAGCAACCAUCCAAAGCUAUCACCAAGCUCGGAUUCUUUUAUUGGUCAACCAGCCACAGCAGUCAACUGCAAUUCAAUCGACUGUAUCCUCGCGACUGAGAGCAUACCGCAAUGCAUUGAAACAGGCUCUCUAUCAUGCACGAGAGAUCUGUGGGAUUAAUCUCGCGAAUGCAACCGAUCCUGUGCGAAUUAAUUCGGUGCAGGCUUUGUUUGUUGCUGGGCAGGUGUUCCAAGAACGGCGGGAGCAGGACGCCGUUCUUGAGAUUCUUACUGGCAUCGAAAGGGAUCUAGGCUGGACAACCCAAUUCCAUGUCUCAAAGUUGAUCGAUGAAUGGGGGAGAGGAGGGCGGUGA